AAGGAGAGAAGACACCCAGAUAGUUCACUCCUAGUAGGCCUGUAACAAGGAGGUAGAAGAAUGUCUUCUCACCAUUUUCAACACUUAGCACUUCUCCUUUGUAUUCUAUCUCUGACAGUGAUAGUCUUUCUGUCUGCCCCUCUUCAAGCUGCUGCCCAGAUCAGGCUGGUUGGUGGGAGCACAACGUGCUCAGGUAGAGUAGAGUUAAACUACAACAGCCAGUGGGGCACUGUGUGUGAUGAUAGCUGGGACAUGAGAGAUGCACAGGUGGUGUGUAGACAGCUGGGAUGUGGAGGUGCUGUGUCUGCCCCCAAUGAAGCCCACUUUGGCAUGGGGAGUGGGGACAUCUGGAUGGAUGAUGUCAACUGUACUGGUGCUGAAGAAUCCCUUACAGAGUGCUCCCAUAGUGGAUUAGGAACACACAACUGUGACCAUGGUGAAGAUGCUGGUGUGGUGUGCUCAGGUAGCACAAUAUCUGGUCCAGAGAUGGCCGCCAUGAUGAAGAUCGGCACCAGGGUCAUGAGGGGUCAGGACUGGAAGUGGGACAACCAGGACGGCACCCCUCCUGGUGCGGGCCGCGUGAUUGGUCAGCUGAGUGAGAGUGGGUGGAUCCGGGUGAGGUGGGAUGCUGGUGAUGAAAAUGUCUACCGUAUGGGCAGUAAUGGCAAAUAUGACCUCAAGAUAGUGGAGUUACUGCCCUCCACACAGCCACCUACACAGGCAGGCCACAAAGCCUUGUCUGGCCCAGAGAUGGCCGCCAUGAUGAAGCUCGGCACCAGGAUCAUGAGGGGUCAGGACUGGAAGUGGGAAAACCAGGAUGGAAUCCCUCCUGGUAUUGGCCGUGUGAUUGGUCAACUGAGUGAGAGCGGGUGGAUUCGUGUGAGCUGGGACAACGGCCAUAUAAACGGGUACCGCAUGGGCCACGAGGGAAAAUACGACCUCAAGCUGGCCGAGCCACUGCCCUCUGCACUGCCUUCUACAGAGUCCCCUAUACAGCCAACUGCACUGCCCUCUACACAGCCAGCCACCGGAGAUGCUGUUAGGCUGGUUGGUGGGAAGACUAAUUGUUCAGGAAGAGUGGAGGUCUACUACAACAGCCAGUGGGGAACUGUGUGUGAUGAUAGCUGGGACAUGAGAGAUGCACAGGUGGUGUGUAAACAGCUGGGAUGUGGAAAUGCUGCCUCUGCUCCCAAUUUAGCCCAUUUUGGCAGAGGCAGUGGGAACAUCUGGAUGGAUGAGGUCAGCUGCUCCGGUUCUGAAGGAUCACUUACAGAGUGUUCCCAUAGUGGAUUUGGAACACAUGACUGUAACCAUGGUGAAGAUGCUGGUGUGGUGUGCUCAGGAAAUUCUACUGUUAGGCUGGUUGGUGGGAACACAACGUGCUCAGGUAGAGUGGAGGUCUACUACAACAGCCAGUGGGGCACUGUGUGUGAUGAUAGCUGGGGCUUGAGAGCUGCACAGGUGGUGUGUAGACAGCUAGGAUGUGGAGGUGCUGUCUCUGCCCCCUCAAAAGCACACUUUGGCACUGGCAGUGGGAACAUCUGGAUGGAUGAGGUCCGCUGCUCUGGUUCUGAAGGAUCCCUUAUAGAGUGCUCCCAUAAUGGCUUUGGAACACAUGACUGUAACCAUGGUGAAGAUGCUGGUGUGGUGUGCUCAGAUAUACUGCCAAAACCACUUCUCAUCCUUCAAACGGAAAGAAAUUCAUCUUGGGGUCAGCAAGUCCAGAUGAGCUGCUCCAUCUCCACUCAGUACCUGGGUGGGACAUUCACCCUACAGCAGCUCUCUGGGUCCUAUAGAGAGACAAAGGCAGCCUCAGGAACCUCUGCAGUUUUCACCAUCCGUCAGGUGGACUUUGCCCAUGGAGGAUCCUACUACUGCCAGUAUCAAACACAAGUGUCUGGUCACAAUAGCACAUCCUCUGGCAGUGAUCCUGUCAGCUUCUCUGUCCUUGUGUCCGUGUCACAGCCCAUCAUCUCUGUGAGUGCCCCAAAGGGAGAGCUGGUCUUGGGGCCCAACGGCCCAGAGGUCCCCUGGGGCAAAAGCUUCUCCAUCGUCUGCUCCACCAAGCCACAGUACCAAGGAGGCUCUUUCCACCUCACCUCUGAUGGGUCAGCGGAGAUCUGGACUGAGCAGGCGGUCAAUCACUCUGCCUCUUUCGACUUUCCUGAAGCAGACUUUGUCCAUGCAGGAAACUACAGCUGCUUCUAUGAGGUCACUCUGUCUGCACGUGUGUUCACCUCGGGAAGAACAGAUGUGCUUCAUGUGAACAUAAGAGCAUUAUUCCAUCAUGUGCAUCCUUCUGUGUUCUAUGGGCCAACACUUGGGCUGUUGCUCCUUGCGAUAGUCCUGUGCUCAGUGUUGCUGUGGAAGAAAAAGAGACAGCAUAUAUACGCGAUCAAUGACGAGUACUGGCCUAUGACUUCAUUUGAAGAAGCAAAAUUAGCAGAUCCAGUGAAGACAGAGCGGGGACCAUCUCAGCUGGAAGAAGUUCAAUUUGCAUCGUAACACAGUAUACAUGUGUGGAUGAAGAUCUGUGAUUUUGCUUCACUGAUUUGUCAUGAUUGUGCCCCAUCUGUCUGAUGCUGUUUGUUUCUUUUUUGUUUUUCAAAAAUAAUGUCAGAAAUGAUCCUCAUUUUAUAAAUAAAAAGCAUAUCCUCAUCUUUAAUUAGUGUGUGACAGCAAAGGUGAGAUCUAUAUGUACCUUACACAGCUGCUUAUGAUCAUUACAGUAGCCUACUGUACUGUUAUCACUGGACUUUUUAUUAAAUAUUCUUCAGACCA